AUGCAAUUCUGCAGUUCUCUUCUGCUGCCCCUUGCGGCGAUAUUUUACCUCACCGCAGCCUCUCCAAGCGGAGGCUCUCAUGGGCGUAAAUGCAAAAACGUUCGUUCACUCACCGUCCCAGGCGCUGAAGUGGUUUCAAUCUCUACGGCCGAGCUUCAACAUGGCAAGGUGUGUUCCGUGAACGUGACCCUGACUCACCCUGGUGUGGACGACCAGGUAAAGGUCUGGGUCUGGCUUCCGGCAGCUAAGGACUGGAACGGGCGUUUCCAGGGAGUGGGUGGAGGUGGUUGGACUGCGGGACAGGGCGAAGUCGACCUCGUGGUGCCCGUGAGCCAGGGGUAUGCUGCGGCCUCGACCGACGCCGGCGGCCAGGACUUCUUCCCUGAAGGAGCGGACGGACCGAACCUUGGUCUGCUGAACGACUUUGCAUCGCGAUCCUUGCAUGAGAUGACGCUUGUUGGCAAGCAGCUGGCAAAGAGUCUAUACGGGCGGGAGCCUCAUCAUUCGUACUGGAACGGCUGUUCAACCGGAGGCCGCCAGGGCCAUAUCCUGGCCCAGAAAUACCCAACUGACUAUGAUGGCAUUCUUGGAGCAGCUCCUGCGCUGUAUUGGCCAAGCUUCAACCUCGCGCUCUGGUGGCCCGACUUCGUGAUGCAGCAUGUGGGUGUUCUGCCCAGCCAAUGCGAGCUGGCAGUGUUCCAAAAGGCCGUGAUUGACAAAUGUGACGAGCUGGAUGGAGUUAGAGACAGGAUCAUUGGGAACGUCGCGGCCUGCGAAUUCGACCCCAUCUCGGUGGUUGGCACCAAGGUUGAAUGUUACGGCAAGCAGAUCACCAUCUCCGACAAGGUCGCGCUCGUGGUCAAACUGGUGCACCAGGGGCCUCGGUCUCCGUCGGGCUUCCAGCUUUGGGAUGGCUAUGACUACGGCUCGGAUUAUAGCUUCAUCCUGCGGACUCUCACCGACGAUGAUGGCGAGACAACAUUAUUCGAGGAGCCCUCGUUGGGCACGUGGAUUCGCGUCUUCUUGAAGAAAGAUCCUGAAUUUGACCUCAAGUCGAUUAAAACCCUGGAAGAAGUGACGGAGCUCUUCGCAUCUGCACACUCCCAGUACGGGGGGAUGAUCGGGACCGAUGACCCUGACCUAUUACACUGGCCGCCCUGUUUCGGCCGGACGGUCGGGCGGUCACCACUAAAAAACGUCAAUUCUGCCAGGGGGAGGUGUCAAGGGGGUAUCGCGCCAAAUCCAUCCCACCAGCACAUUGCCUAA